AUGCCUCGAGUGGGCCACACAAGAGUAUCGGCCAUUGUUGCGCCGAUGAGUCCAAUGUCUGAUGGUUUGGGACAUGCUACACAGGAGGCCGCGGGCUCUUCUCCAGCACAACCUGCGGUGGCCAGCAACAACGUCGUUCCGCCGAAUGGCACCAUUGCAGCUGCCGUGGCAGAUAUGCCUGCGGAAAUGCAGGAUGUCGCCGUCCCUUGGGCACAACCACGCCUGUCAACACAGGAGGGCUCUGUGAUGAGAAGCCAUCGGCCGGACCUUCUGGCACGAGCACAUGUCGUGUUUCGCGCUGCGCUGGGCUUGCCAACUGUUGGCUUGGCAUAUGACACAACUGAUGUGCGCAGACUACAAGCUGAGGAGUUUGGAAUCACCUUCGGUGUGCCAACUGGUGAUGCAAACAUUAUCAAGGCUGUGAAGCGAGUCGUGGUCCUGUCCGUGAUCAGCUCGACAUACUACAUCUGCGCCUUCAUUGCCAGAUUGCUUUUGGGCCAGUACACUGAUCCAGGUGAUCCAGACUCCCCAGAUGAGCUUUGGUCAGGGUGCAGUCAGCUCAUCAUUGAACUCAGCAUUCCAGCAUGCGGGUAUUAUGGAGCUCUGUACACACACAGGACACUUCUUUUUUUCUUUUGCGGCGCCAACCUGAUCUUCGUUGUGGCGUCCAGCAUCAACUUCCUGCGAUAUGUUAUCCGGAUGGGUGGCGGGGCAGAAGCGUGCGCACUUGAGGCAUACGCUACGCAGCAGCGAGACUGCGAGCUGAUGCACAGUGACGGGCCCCUUCGCUACCUUUUCCUGGGCAGUCUGCUGAUUCUUACAUGGUUCAGCUGUCUGUCGUUUGGCGCUGGCAAGGGUCUCUACCAGGGGCUGGCGCCCGGAGAUGGACAUCCGUACUCGUCAGUACCUGUGGUGGGCGAAGUUAUUGCGACACCAGAGGGAACCAGUUCGGAAAAUGGAUCCAGCUCCUCCCCGACUCGCAACUUGAACAUGUCCGAGGAGGACCGACGUGUUGCGGAAAUGGCUGCCUCGCUGGCCUCCGAGGCUGCCGCGUCGGCACGGUGA